AUUGUUUAUACAGGUUCAUCACAACUUCUUAAAUAACAUUAUGUUUGCUUCAACAGAAUUCAUAAGGAUGACAAAACAUCGAACAACAAAAAAACGCUUUCUGAGUAACUGGCUUUAGCAAAGCACGGCUUCACGAAAUACAGUACGAUAAUUUAGAAUAGUUGGUACAAUGGUUAUGCUUUUCGCAUUAUGGCAGCACUGUGCUUGCUCACUCACUUCUCCAGUUGACACUUGUUGACUUGUCAGUUGUUGACUUGACUUGACUUUGACACCUGUCAUUACGCGAUGUCCGAGUUUGAUGUGGAGCUGUUGAUUACUGCAGUUUGCAACUGACCUGCUCUUUGGGAUAAAAGUCUUGACAUCUACAUGGACCGGAAUGGAGUCGCCAAAAGUUGGAUGGAAGUUUGCAGAGUGAUCAAAGAAGAUUUCGAAGCUUUAAUCAUUCCCAACAGAAAAAGUUUGAAAAGGACGUGAUAAAAAAGUGAAAAACUCUUAGGACUGGUUAUAGGAAAGCCAUUGUGAGAAUGAAUAAGAGUAAGAGAUCUGGAGCUCCUGCAUCGAAAAUGAAGAAGUAUAUUUUCCACGAACAAAUGGAUUUUUUGCGGAAAGUUUUCGAUUCCAGGGAGACUGAAGACACUUUUUUAAGCGAGAACAGCUCACAGGAAAGUGCUGAAACUGAAACUCAGGAUUCAACGCCUACUUCUUCCAAAGAAACUCAGGCAUCUAAGAAGAAGAGAUCCAAUGAGACACGGAAGCCUGAUGAAUUCGAGGCAAAAUUGCUGGCGAUGGUAGAAGCCCCAAACAGACACAUGGCUUCCAUGCAAGGAUUGCUGCCAACUCUGGACACUUUUACUGAUGACCAAGUCCUUGAGUUCCAAACAAGGACACUGACCUUGAUUCAAAGCAUAAAGCAUGCUCCAAGAAUUGGACCAUACAGUGCACCACCACAAUUUGCUGAACAACACCAGUCCCCUCAGACUAUUGGUUGGGGAUAUUCAAGCACUCCUCAGCAAUUCGUACAGCAUCAUUCUUUAAUCACUGCUCCUCAGUUUCCCCAGGAAUUCUAUCAGUCUCACUACCAUCGGCGUACCUCUGUGACAUCCCCCAUAACACAAAUGUCUGAUGCCACAACUUCGUCUCUCACUCCCACAUCAUUUCAAAACACAGAAUAGUCAAAAUUGACUAAGCUCGAAAAUGAU